UGUCGUUGGCGUGUCGUCGGUUUCGGAGCGUUUCGAAAACUCAAUUUCCCAAGUCGCAGUUAAAGCUGAAUCCAAAAACUUAUCUAGCGCGCGUGAAAAAAUUCAAUCACAUAUUUGUGCAAUUAGUGUAAGAUAUAACUAAAAAGCUAACCCAAAACAUUUGGCUGCACUUGUGUUCUGCACCUCUCUGCAAUAUCAACGAAAAAUUGAAAAAUAAAUCUCACGCGUCGAAAUGUCGCCCGCCGAUGAUAAUUCCUUUGCCACAACCCAAGGCAACAAAAAGGCCACCUACACGCUGAUAUGCAUCAAAAUUGUGGAACUGUGCUUGCUAAUAUGCUGCCUAGGCCUGAUCGACGAACCGGCCACCAAUUCUCAUCUGCGUGUGUUCAUAACGCCCCGAGUUAUUGCCCUUUGUUAUGUGACCUUUGGUGCCCUGACUAUUUACACGGCGAUCUACCUGAUGAUGGCACUAUUCGGUGAUUUGACUCCUUGGCGAACAGCUACAUUGUGGUCCCUGGUGGGCUUCGUCCUGUUUGUGGCCGUGACCGCUCUGCUCUUCCGGGAUUGGUCCACGACCAAGGAUCGCAACUACUGGCACCCGAAUAUGCAUCGUUUGGAUCUCGUGAUGGCUUCCGCCUCGAUUUCCUUGGUCACCUCGCUGGUCUUCUUGCUGGACAUUCUCAUUACUAUCCGUUUCGGCGUUCACGGCGAUCUUGAAUGACAUGGGCGAUCACGAGAAGUUUGGCGGGAAAGAGGAAUCCACUCGAUUCUCACCUAGCCGUGGGACUGUAAUAUUUAUAGCUCCAACUUAGACGUAAGCACCCCGUUCACAUCCCCGUCUCCCAGCUAAUUAUAAUCCCACGAAAAAACAUAUGAAUUGCCAUCAUCGAAUCGAAAAUGUACAAAAACGACGUCCGAGAAGGUUUAAAGUUCUUACGCAUCGGCUGCCCUGUUUUGUUUUUUUAUAAGCUUAAUACAUCGAGCAUCAUGCACGUUUUAUCUAAUCCAAUUAAUAUGUAAGAUCCAACAAAUAAAUUUUGUACAAGCGAAAAUUUUCACAAACAAAAA